AUGGUUGCUAACGAUUGUGAGGAAGCAAUAAGUAUUCGAGCGGAGAUUUAUAUUGAGAAAAUUAUAAAAAGGUAUUCAACAUUCGUGGUUAAGCAUUCAUGGUGCUUUCUAUUACUUGGAUUCAGUAUUUGUAUUGCUCUUGGCUUAUCAUCAGUAAUACUACGUGAUCUACCGGAUUUCAAUGAUCCGACAAAAGGUUUCGUUCCACGCGGUAAACAUACAUUAACUUCACGUUUAUUUGUUCUUGAAAAAAUCAAGGCUAAACUUGAUCAACAAUUGGCUACAGCAAAAAUAAUAAAUAAAAAUACAGAAUCAUUAUCAAAAAAGUCUCCUGUGUCCAUCAAUCAAAAUAAUGGAGAAUAUCAAGAAGACGACGAUGAUUUCGAAGAUGACAAUAGUUUAAACCAAAAAGAUCUCGAAGAAGAUCUAAGAGCUACACCAUACGAUUGUGCUUUUAAAUCAUCGAAUCAAAAUCAAUGUUUAAAUAAUCUUCGAGUGUAUGAAUUACUGAAUAAUGGAACUGAUUUUUUAAAAACAUCAAAAUUAAUUCAAUCACAACUUUAUAAACCAAAUGAACAUAUGUGUACAUCGAUUGAUUUAAAUCGUCAUUAUGAAGUUUAUUUUGAAGCAAGUGAUCCGUUAGCUACAAAUUUAUUAGAUAUUGAUAAUCUGUUAUCAUUAUGUAAAAAGCAAUAUGAACUGGUUGAAUUAUUUCAAUUACAUGCAACAUGUCAUUAUACAUUACCAGAAAUGAUUGCGUAUUUUUCUAAUAAAUCAGAUUGUCGACAAUUAACAGCAAGUGAUAUACCAAUAUUUAUUGAUCGUAUACAACGUUGUCAUUCAUUAUAUGACACUGGUCUUAUGCGUUCGGCUGGUUUAAAACGUUAUCGUGCCGCACCCAUUGAUUUGUUUCAAUAUGAUACGUGUUUUCGUUUUAAUUUUUCAUUUCUAACGUUAGAAUAUUUAUUAGACAAGUCAUUUUUAUCGACAAAUAAAACACGCUAUACAGCUAUGUGGUUUUUAAAACCUACAAAGCCAAUUAUAUCAGCAAAUGGAAGUGAAAUUCAUACUUCAAAUACGGCUCAUGAUUUAUUUAUAGAGCAUUUUUAUCAAAAUCCAAAAUUCGAUGAUGGUCGAACACAAAUAUCAGCAUUAAAUUUUAUGGAUAUUCGAAUUCCUUCAGCUAUGAAACAAAUUCGUGCUGAUAUGUUUUUUGUUAUUUUAGCUAUAUCAUUAAUUGUCGGAGUAACAGUGAUUUAUCUUCGCUCAAUAACUGUUGCAUUAAUGACAAAUAUUUGUGUUGGUUUAUCGUUUGCAUGUGCUUAUUUUUCAUAUAAAAUUAUCUUUGGUAUAGAUUUAUUUCCAUACAUAAAUUUAAUGGCAACAUUUAUUUUAAUUGGCAUAUCAUGUGAUAAUGUUUUUGUUAUAUUUGAUGCAUGGUAUUCCGAAAAAUUAGAUAUUUAUAAUGCAGCACGUUUGAACAAGCGUAAAAUAGAGUUUUACGGAAAAUUAACAGCUAAACAAGAAAAACAAUAUAAACGUGAUUGGGAUUAUACAGCAUCAAUUGUAAGUCAACGUUUAACAUUAAAAGAUGAUGUUGAACAACAUAAUAAAGAUGAAACUGGAGAAGAAAAACAUUUUGAUUCAGUUAAAAAUACAGACUUAAUAAGGAUGAUGAAAGUUAACGAACAACAAAUGAUACAAAUGAUGAUAGGAGUUUUAAGACAUGCAGCAGCCAGUGUUUUUGUGACAAGUUUUACAACAUCAGCAGCAUUUUUUACUAAUAUGAUAUCACGUAUUGCCUAUGUACAAUUGUUUGGUUUAUUUAUGGGAUGUUGUAUAUUAUUUAAUUUUCUCAUGACUGUAACAAUGAUUGUAUCAUUUGUAAUUGUUUAUGAAAAAAUAUGUGAACCUCUUUCGGCUCGUCUUGGUUUAUUUAAUCAUUUUCCUGAAAUAUUCGAUACUAUUAUGAUAUCACUAACUCGUGUUAAUCAUGCCAUAUUCACUGUUUAUAUUCCACGUAUCAUAAUCAAAUUUCGUUAUUUUUUCAUAACGUUAUUUUUAAUACUUGGCAUUCUUGGUUUACUAAUUGUUUUUUAUCAUCCAAAAUUAACUCCACCCAAAUCUCGUCGUUAUCAAUUUUUUCAAUUGAGCCAUCCAUUUGAACGUUUUGAAUAUCAAAUGCGUGAUGAAUUUCUAUCCUAUAUUAAUGAAGAUAAAGAAAAUAUAACAAAUCCAUUAUUAAUAUUUAUAUUUGGUGUGGAAGAUAUAGAUUUAGUGCAUCCGUUCAAUCCUGAUAAACAAGAAACUGUUGAUAAUGAAACUAUAGUUUUUAAUAAAAAAAUUGAUUUUUAUGACCCACUAACAUUACGAUGGUUGGAUACAUUUUUAAAAGAUCUUAAUCAAAGUGAAUUAUUUACCAAUGUUCAAAACACCUAUUCGCAAUGGUUAAGCAUUGGUCAAUUAUUACGUGGAUUUAUAGAAACAGAUCUCAGUAUUAAUUCAACGCAUGAUGAAAAUGAAUUUUUUGUACCAUCAACACGGAAUAAAACAUUUGUAGCUAUGAAUCAAUUGCUUAAAUUUUACAAUGAAUCUAAUCAAAUGGCAUCAUCAAGCGACAGUAAUCGGGGUAGUGAUAAUUUUAGAGUUGGAUUUUUACCUGAUCCAAAAACACAUAAUAUACGUGCCUUCUUAUUUCUUGUUAAUAUGAAUGUAAUAUUUGAUCGAUAUUCUGUUCAACAUGAUUACUAUCAAAAAUUAGAAGAAUAUUUUGAGAAACGUUUGGAAAAAUUAAAAUUAUCCGAAGGAUUGGAGGGGCAUGUAUAUGAACAAGUAAAACAUGGUUGGUUUGUUUCGCCUCAAUUUUUAUUUUAUGAUUUAAUGCGUGAAGUUAUUCGUGGUACUUAUACAUCAUUGAUAUUUUCUAUGAUAUUUGCAUUUUUUGUUCUCUUGUUAACUUCUGGAAAUAUUGUGAUAACAUUAUAUGCCAUGAUAACAAUCACAUUUAUAAUAGCUGAUACAGUUGCAAUAUUUGUUUUAUGUGGUUGGGAAUUGAAUAUUCUCGAAACAAUUAUUAUUAUAAUGAGUGUUGGUCUUAGUGUAGAUUUCACUGUACAUUAUGGUGUUGCAUAUAUAAAAGCCGAUUGGCAAAAAUAUCAUCCAAAUCCUCGAACAACAUCAAAUCAUUUAAAAUCACAUCAUUUAACCAAUGGAAAUCCCACAGAGCAAUUGCUCUUAGAACAGGUGCCUCAGACAAAAAAGGAAUUACCUAAACCAUCAGCAUUUGAAAAAAUAAGAGUUUGGCACAGAAAAGGAAAUGCACAACGUUUCAGUCGUAUUAAAAAUAGCCUUAUUCGUGUUGGUUCAGCUGUAUUUAUAGCUGGUUUUACAUCAUUCCUUGCUGGUUUAUCAAUGUCACCAAGCAAAUUAACAUCAUUUUCACAAAUGGGAUUCUUUCUUAUGUUAAUUAUGUUUGUUAGUUGGCUAUUUGCGACAUGGUUUUUCUUACCAUUACUUUCAUUUCUUGGACCGAUUGAUAAAUUUGCUGAUAUACCAUUUGGUAAAUUAUGUCGAUGUGGUAAUCCAUCAUCAAAGCCUGUAGUACAAACUUUAACAGCUAAUGAUGAUGAAGAACAACAUUUAAAAGUGAAAUUAACUGAUGAACAAUCAAUUUAA